AUGGUCUUGUUGACAGACAACACGAUCAAGGAGUUGCGCUCUAGCACCACGCCAACCUCGCAGUUUUCCUCUUUACACUUCAUCGCCUCGACGGCGAUAGGAGAGAAGAGCAUCGAAACUGCACAGACACUUCACGAGAGUGGGCGAAAGGGGCGCAGCAGACUUGCAAAAAAUGUGCACCAAAACAACUGCGUGGGACGCGCGGCGAGCAAGCGUUUUGGCGCAAACUGGCAGACAACUCGCCAGCGCGAGUUUUCCGAGCGCGAGGCCGUACCGACGGUGACUAUUUGA